AUGGCGCACGCCAGACGUCAAAUGGUGGCGCAAAUGGAUGCGAUAGAUGUAUUGAUCGAGGUCCGCGAUGCUCGUAUUCCCUGGAGCUCUGCAAAUCCUGUUCUGGAAGAGGCGUUUGGCAAGUCCAAACCUCGUAUCGUUGUCUUUAACAAGAGUGAUUUAGCCAACUCAAAUAUGGAGCAACGCGUUGAAAAGCAGUGCGAAAAUCAGUUCGGAAAAGCCACAGCCUGCCUUUUCACCUCCGUGACUAAGGGCAGACGGCUGCAGGCAAUUUUGCAAUGGUGUAACCACCACAGUCAAGCUCAGUUUAAACGUACAGCUGGCUCAAUGGUUAUGGUAGUAGGCAUCCCAAACGUCGGCAAAAGCUCGUUAAUAAAUGAAUUCAGACGACUUUCAAACUCUAGAUUGGCAAAAGGUCGAAAAAGAGCGGCGGUGGGGUCAACAGCGGGUGUCACUGUUCGCAACGACAUAAUCAAGGUGAAUGACAAGCCAGCAGUGUACGUGGUGGACACGCCCGGUGUCAUGCUGCCCAAUAUCCCGUCGGCGGAGACGGGCAUGAGGCUGGCAUUGACGGGAGCAAUUAAAGAUGAAGUCGUGGGUACUGAGCUUAUAGCAGACUACAUGUUGUUUCUAUUAAACCAAAUGAAGUCGACUAUAUAUGUGGAAUCGCUGGACCUUCCGGGUCCUGUAGAUAACAUCAGUGACUUGUUCAAGCUCGUUUAUAAACGUUGCGGUGCACUUGGCAAAGAGGCUGACGUUCAAGAUCGACUGGCGGCAAAAUUUUUGCUGGCAGAAUUUCGUCGAGGAGCUUUUGGCAAUUUUACUUUGGACCCUGUGGAAGCACUUAAUAAGCAAUAUUUGUAA